AUGGAGCCAACACAAUCUGAUUACACAUCUGAAUCACAUUCAUCCACGAGCAAAUCAGCCAUUGAUGAAUCGUCAAGUCCGUAUUUCCUGCAUCAUUUAGACAGUCCAAGUUUGUUACUGGUUUCUCAGCCACUUACAGGAGAUAACUAUGCCUCCUGGAGUCGUGCCAUGAUGAUCGCCCUUUUGAUAAAGAACAAACUGCCAUUCAUUGAUGGAUCAAUGAAGAAAUCGGAGGAUACGAAUCCUGACUUGAUUAAUUCGUGGAUUCGAAACAAUAACAUGGUGAUGUUGGGGAUCCUCAACUCAAUUUCCAAGGACAUUUUAGCAAGUGUUAUAUAUGCAUCCACUGCUCACGAGAUCUGGAAUGAUCAGCAGAGCAAUAGGCCAAGGAUCUUCCAAUUGAAGAAAGAUCUGAUGAAUUUGACUCAAGAUCAAAACAAUGUGAGCAUUUACUUCACCAAACUGAAGACUAUAUGGGAAGAGUAG